AUAUAAAUUUGUAUCUUCAUGGAAUAUGGGCAUCUGUUUGGACACUGAACAAAACCAUGAAGAGUUGGAGACGGCUGGUGAAGGCAGCCGGCGCGACAGCACGUGGGCCGGGCGGGCUACUCCACCCACAGCCGCCUUCCCCAUGCAGAACUCCAGCCACGUCAAGUUUGAACCGCCCAGCGUGCCCGUCAUAUUUGUACUGGGUGGUCCGGGCAGUGGUAAGGUGACACACUGCGAUAACCUGAUGCAGGAGCGGCGCGGCAUGGUUCACAUCAACAUGACGGACUUGCUGCAACAAUACGCCAUUGGGAAUGACAUGCAAGACUUCGGCACGCUGUCCAGCAAGACGGUGACAGAGGUUCUGAUGCUGGAGAUGAAGAUGGCACCGACAGCCAAGACGUACCUGGUCUCCGGAUACCCUCGGUCCAUGAGGGAUGUCGCCGAAUACUCUGAUAAGAUCCAAACAAUAACAGGCGUGGUCUUGGUCAGCUGGCGACAGAGGGUUCUAGAACGUCAGAUCGAGUACGGAGCUAGGCUGGGGCAUGUAGUUCUCAGCCUAGCCAGGAUGGAGCUCAGCAACUUCUACAAGCACGUCAUGCCUGUUGCUGACUACUUCGACCAGACCAACAUGCUUAUUGCGGUUAACGGCGAAAGGAACCCAGAGGAGGUGUACAAGGAUUUCCGCGCGGCAGUGCUUCAGAUCCUGGGCACCCAGGACGAGUCUACCAUGAAUGGAGUCAGCGGGGUGGGAGUGGGGGCCGGUGGGAUCCCGGGGGAGAUUGUGGGGGUCGAGCCGGCGCCCCUCACUGGGGGACUCGCGAGGGAAGGCAGGCUGGUCAAUGCGCAUGCUGCCAACAUGGCGAGAGAAGAAGCGUCAGUGCUGCCAAUAGCAGCGCCAGCAGUAGUGCCAACUUACCGGCAGGAGACAAGAGAAGCGGACAGGAUUGUUACUCCAAAGCCGGAAGUGAUAAGAGUCCGCGGCGCCGCUACGAAGCCUGCGAUACUGUGGGUGGUUGGCGGACCCGGUAGCAAUAAAGCUACGUUGUGCCAACGUGCGGUCACGCAGAGACAAGGAUGGACGCAUUUCAGUCUUGGUCAACGCCUGCGCGCUCUAGCGGACGCGGGCGGCGGGCCGGCCUCCGACGGAGCCCUAGCGCGCUCCGCAGUCAGCGGCGGGGAGUUGGCCCCGCGAGACUUAGCCACCAAGCUGGUGAGGGGAGCAGUCACCGACGCCGCCCGCAGCGGACAUGGCAUGCUGCUUGACGGGUACCCCAGAGACUUGGAGCAGCUGCAGCUGUUUGAGAGAGAAUUCAACGUGAAGCCCCGCAUGGUACUCCUGGACUGUUCGAAGCUGCAACUUGGCAGAGGGCGGCGAGACGACUCGGUGGCGGCCUUCAGAAGACGCCUGGAGGUCUUCCGGGAACUAAGUCUGCCAAUGCUGAAGAGCAUCGACCAGCAACACCGACUUGUCAUCGUGGAUGGCGACACGGACUCCCCGGACGUCCAAGAGGAGUUCACGCGGAUCCUUCUCGAAGAGAUGGAGAAGGCGGAGGCGCUCGCCGCCAUGCCCGAGCCGCCGCCGCAGCCCCAAGAAGAUACAACAGCGAUGCAGCAAUUCACACACGCCAUGUCUCGAAUGGGCAAUGGGUUCGCCAACGGAACCGCCCACAACGGGACACUGCCUAACGGGAACAUGGGUAACGGAUUUAUAGGCAUGACCAAUAAUAAGGUGAAACCAAUAAUGAAUAACAUGCCAAAAAUCCCGACGGUUUCGCAAAUGACCGCGGACGAAGUGAGAAGACUCUAUGAGCAGAGUUCUGGAGAGGUCACAAUGAACACACACAUGUAAAUACCGCACCAACACUGUAGGAUGUGAUAUGGACUCUUGAAGAGGUAUAGUGCCGAAUAACGUUAGGAUAUUUAAGUACUUAAAUGUAGCUUAGGUUAAGUUAAGU